AUGGCGAAGUCUUCCCUGCAGGGAGUCGAGAUCUCCGCGUCCCAGUUCCUGGACAUCUUUCACCGUUACGACAGCGACGGGAAUGGAUUUAUUGAAGGCAAAGAGCUGCAGAGUUUUAUCAGAGAACUUCAGCAAGCCCGAAAACAGGCGGGACACGAGCUGACGGAUCAAAUGAGGGAUUUUGUGGAGAAAUGUGAGAAGAAUGCAGUCAGGAAGAUUGGAAUCAUUGAGCUGGUCCAGAUCCUGCCCAUCGAGGAGAACUUCCUGUUGUUCUUCAGACAGCAGCUCAAGUCCUGCACAGAAUUCAUGCAGGCCUGGAGGUCUUAUGAUGCAGACCACAGUGGCUACAUCGAGUCUGAUGAGCUGAAGAACUUUCUGAGAGCUAUACUGCAGAAGGCCCAGAAGCCAUUUGAUAACCAGAAGCUCGAGGAAUACACCGCCAUGACGCUGAAAAUCUUUGACUCCAACUGUGACGGGAAGUUGAGUUUGGCAGAGAUGGCCAGGCUGCUGCCCGACCAGGAGAACUUCCUGCUCAGUUUUCAGGGGGUGAAAAUGUCCAGAAAGGAGUUUAAUAAGAUGUUUGCCCAGUAUGACCAGGUACAGGAUGGUAAUGGGUACAUGGAUGAGACAGAGCUUGACGCCCUCCUCAAAGACCUCUGUGAGAAGAACAACAAGGUGCUGAACAUUGGGGAGCUCUCGGUCUACAAGUCGUCCAUCAUGGCGUUGGCAGAUCGGGGGAGACUCUUUCAGACCGAGCUGGCGUUGGUUCUUUGUGCCGAUGAUUGACACCGUUCACUUCCCAUUAAGUCCCACCCACUCAUCAAUCUCCUCCCGCCCUGCCCCUCCCUGUAUGUUUUAGAAGUCGUAGUUUGAACCCUGAGGAGUCUGUUUAGGAUCUGUAGGGUGAAGUUCUUUAGGAUCUGGGCUGUCCAGGCUGAGAAUCCUUAGAUAAUGUUUCUAAAAGGUACAGAUUUUUUUAAUGAGUUCAAAACCACAACUGAUCAUCUCCAAAUCCUCCAUUAAGACCGGACAAAUUCAUUUCGAUAAUGGGCGAGACCAUUCCCGGCUCAUCCUAUCGGAAUGCUGUUGGCUUUGUUGUGGUGCCGGCAGUAUUCGUUCCUCCGAUAUAAAAUGGAUUUCCUAAAAGGAGAAGUAAUGACCCCUGACCCUUGAACAGUGGGGUAUCUCACUCACGUAUAGAAGACGUUUCUUUUCCAUGUCGAAAUGUGACCACUAAAGGCAGUAAGAUGCCGAAUUAUUUAGUAAAACUCUUCUCGCCAACAAACCCAAUUCUACUGUAGCCCAGACAGACAAGGACUGGUCAUCAGACACAGAACCAACA